AUGGCGAAUUACGCCGCGGUAUUAGCCCUCUUUUGCACCAUUCUAUCCAUCGUUGGUCCGGCCACUUGUCGCGCCACAACCGCCACCUCACCCAACAACUCAUCCCCCCCUUCCGCCCCCUUAACCGCCUCCGAAUCAUUUGUGAUUAAAGGCAAAGUUUAUUGCGAUCCGUGUCGAAUCCAAUUCCCUACCAAAAUCAGCUACCCCGUCCCCAACACAAAAGUUGUCCUGCGUUGCCGUCAACGCGAAUCAGGAACUGAAACGACGAAGGUCGAGGGAAAGAGUGACGCUAAAGGCAUGUAUAGCAUCACUGCGACGGGUGAUCAUGAGGAGGAGAUUUGUGAUGUGAGGAUUACUGAGAGUCCUGAUAGUAAGUGUCCUGAGGUUAUGGAUGAUGAGAGCAUUGCUCGGGUCUCGUUGACCGAUAAAAAUGGCGUUCGGGGGAAGACUCGAGUGGUGAAUCCGAUUGGGUUUAUGGUUAAAGAGAUUGAUCCGCGCUGCAAAGAGAUUCUUGCGGAGAUUGGUAUUAUGGGUAUUUAA